AUGUCGUUUGCACCUACACAAAUCUUUCAGGAGGGGACCACCGAGGAAAAGGGUGAGAAUGCGCGUCUCGCCGCCUUUGUCGGAGCCAUUGCGGUUGGCGACCUGGUGAAGAGCACACUCGGCCCCAAGGGCAUGGACAAGAUUCUGCAGUCUGCAUCCACUGGUGAAAUCAUGGUUACCAACGACGGCGCCACCAUUCUGAAGUCGAUCGCCCUCGAUAAUGCUGCCGCCAAGGUCCUGGUCAACAUCUCCAAAGUGCAGGAUGACGAAGUCGGUGACGGCACAACAUCCGUUGCCGUCCUCGCUGCCGAGUUGCUGCGCGAAGCCGAGAAGCUCGUCGACAAGAAGAUUCACCCCCAGACCAUUAUCGAAGGAUACAGAAUAGCCAGCCAAGCCGCCCUCAAGGCCCUUGAGGCCUCCGCCGUCGACCAUAGCAAGAAUCCCGACGCUUUCCGCAAAGACCUCGUCUCCAUUGCCCGCACGACCCUGAGCUCCAAAGUCCUCGCCCAGGACCGCGAGCAUUUUGCCGAGCUCGCCACCGACGCCGUCCUCCGAUUGAAGAAGUCGUCCGAUCUCAGCCACAUCCAGAUCAUCAAGAAGGCCGGCGGCAAGCUCAGCGACUCGUACCUUGACGAGGGCUUCAUCCUGGACAAGAAAAUUGGCGUCAACCAGCCCAAGCGCCUGGAAAAGGCCAAGAUCUUGGUCGCCAACACUUCCAUGGACACAGACAAGGUCAAGAUUUUCGGCGCCCGCGUCAAGGUCGGGUCGACUUCUAAGCUUGCCGAGCUCGAAAGGGCCGAAAAGGACAAGAUGAAGGCCAAGGUGGAGAAAAUCAAGGCCCACGGCAUCAACUGCUUCAUCAACAGACAGCUGAUCUACAACUGGCCCGAGCAGCUCUUCACUGAUGCUGGCAUCAUGUCGAUUGAGCAUGCCGACUUUGACGGUAUUGAGCGCCUGGCCCUCGUCACUGGUGGCGAGAUUGCUUCUACCUUUGAUCACCCCGACCAGGUCAAGCUGGGACAGUGCGACCUCAUCGAGGAGGUCAUUAUUGGGGAGGACACUCUGAUCAAAUUCUCUGGCGUGUCUGCCGGCGAAGCUUGCACCAUUGUUCUCCGUGGUGCCACCGAGCAGCUCCUGGAUGAGGCCGAGCGCAGCCUGCACGAUGCCUUGGCGGUCCUGUCGCAGACUGUCCGGGAGCCGCGCACCACUCUUGGAGGUGGCUGCGCUGAGAUGUUGAUGGCCAAGGCCGUAGAGGGUGCCUCUACAAGAGUCGAGGGCAAGCGCCAGAUGGCGGUUAACAGCUUCGCCACUGCGCUGACGCAACUGCCCACCAUUCUGGCCGACAACGCCGGUCUGGACUCGAGCGACCUGGUCGCCCGCCUGCGCAACGCUGUGUACAAGGGCAUGUCUACAUAUGGUCUUGAUCUGUCGACGCCGGGUGGUGGGCUUGCCGACAUGCGGGAUCUGGGUGUGAUCGAAAGCUACAAGCUGAAGAGGGCGGUUGUGUCUUCCGCAAGCGAGGCUGCAGAGCUUCUACUUCGUGUUGACGAUAUCAUUAGAGCUGCCCCGCGACGCCGUGAGCAGAUGUAA